AGAGAAGAAGAGAGUUGAACUCUCCACCAACAUUGUUCUUGUUUCUUAAUCUCGCUGUUUCCCUCCGGAUUUCACAAAGUUUCUCUCUCUUUCUCGCAUUUUCUCGGAAAAUUAAAUUACAUAGAACGUUACGAUCACUCACUCGCUACCGAGACGGAGAUCGAUCACACCCUCACUCAUUUUCAUUUCAAAUUCCAAUUCGGCGACAAUGCAAGCAUCGGCGUGUGUAGCUGCGAGAGGGGGAGUAGGAUUCGAAGUUACAAGAAGGAGAGUUUGGCCUGGCUUUGCUGGAUUGAGCAGGAGAGGUUUAGCAAUAAAUAGGAACAGUAUUUGCGUGAGUGGCAGGAGCACUUGCUGUGGUUUGCGGGCCGAUUCGGUCUCCGUGGUGACGGAGCUCAUGCCUGUCAAUCUGAUUCGGUCAUCGGUCAAGGCCCGUUCUGUGAAAGCUCAAGCCUCUGAGGGAGAUGUUGAGGCUGUUGCACCUCUGAAGCCUUCUGGAAUAGUUUUGCCGUUUGUUGGCGUUGCUUGUCUGGGAGCUGUACUCUUUGGUUACCAUCUUGGGGUGGUAAAUGGUGCUCUUGAAUACCUCGCCAAGGAUUUAGGGAUUGCUGAAAACACCGUGCUACAAGGAUGGAUUGUAAGCACUCUACUGGCGGGUGCUACCAUUGGUUCAUUUACUGGAGGAUCAUUGGCAGACAAGUUUGGCAGGACAAGGACUUUUCAAUUAGAUGCAAUCCCACUUGCAAUCGGAGCAUUUCUCUGUGCCACAGCCCAGAGUGUGCAAACUAUGAUAGUUGGUCGCCUACUUGCUGGCAUUGGAAUUGGCAUCUCAUCUGCUAUCGUCCCACUCUACAUAUCUGAGAUCUCACCAACUGAAAUUCGUGGUACACUUGGAUCUGUAAACCAACUCUUUAUCUGUAUUGGGAUUCUUGCAGCUUUGGUGGCUGGAUUACCUUUAGCUGGCAACCCUUUAUGGUGGAGAACAAUGUUUGGUAUCUCAGCUAUCCCUGCUAUUCUACUGGCACUAGGAAUGUCAUUUUGUCCAGAAAGUCCUCGGUGGCUUUUUCAGCAAGGAAAAUUUUCUGAUGCGGACAAGUCCAUUAAGACAUUGUAUGGAAAAGAAAGAGUUACUGAAGUUAUGCAGGAUUUAACAGCUACAACUCAAGGUUCUGUGGAGCCAGAAGCAGGAUGGCUUGAUCUAUUUAGUAGUCGUUAUUGGAAAGUUGUUAGUGUGGGGGCGGCACUUUUCUUGUUCCAACAGUUGGCUGGAAUAAAUGCUGUAGUAUAUUAUUCUACUUCUGUAUUUCGCAGUGCUGGAAUUGCAUCUGAUGUUGCAGCUAGUGCUCUCGUCGGAGCAUCUAAUGUCUUCGGCACAGCUGUUGCAUCCUCUUUGAUGGACAGGCAAGGAAGGAAGAGUCUUUUGAUGACAAGCUUUAGUGGAAUGGCUGCUUCAAUGUUGCUGCUUUCUUUGUCCUUAUCUUGGAAGGUUCUGGCUCCAUAUUCGGGUGCUCUCACUGUUAUUGGAACAGUUCUCUAUGUGUUGUCCUUUUCACUUGGUGCUGGUCCAGUGCCUGCACUUCUUUUGCCAGAGAUAUUUGCAUCAAGAAUCAGAGCAAAAGCAGUUGCAUUAUCCUUGGGGAUGCACUGGAUCUCCAACUUUAUCAUUGGCCUGUACUUCCUGAGUGUUGUAAACAAAUUUGGGAUCAGCAGAGUGUAUCUGGGAUUCGCAACCAUCUGUCUACUCGCUGCAGUGUACAUAACUGGUAAUGUUGUGGAAACAAAGGGUCGAUCAUUGGAGGAAAUAGAACGUGCUCUUAACCCUGCAAUUUGACUCAAAUAUUGCUCGAAGUGAUUACAAAUUCUGACCUUAUUUCCGCCGGCCUUCUUCUCUGGAUGGUUAGUGUCUUAAUGACUUGAUAGUGAGGCUUUUGCUGUUCUUCAAGCGGGUCUGACUCUGUACUUAGGAAUAAAUUCUCAAAGCCCCUUUUUACAUCGGCUGUAACCAGCUUCAGUGAAAUGUCUUUGUUCUCAAGGGAACCUGAAAUUGUUGCCUUACUCAUUUGAUAGUUAAAGUGAGCACUAGAUUUUGUUGCAGGCAAUCAAUUUUAAAUCUUCUUUUUUUUU